AUGCAGUAUCCAAGCAGAGAUAGCUAUGGACCUGGUGAUAGAGCACCUGUGGUCAAGCAUCCUGAUCACCUUAAACCUGAAGGAGCAAUGGAAUAUCCUCUCAAGGAAGGUUACCAACCAGGAGACAGACCAGUGAAAGUGAAACAACAAGACAAUCUCAGGCCAGAAGGUUUUGUUGAAUAUCCUGAAAAGCAGCUUUAUGGUCCUGGAGAAAGAGCAGCAGUGAUCAGACAUCCUGACCAUCUGAAACCAGAAGGGUUUAUUCAAUACCCAGAAAAAGGAACAUAUUCUCCAGGUGACAGAGCCACAAAAGUGAAACAACCAGACAACCUGAGACCAGAAGGUGUUGUUGAAUAUCCAGACAGACAGGGUUAUGGUCCUGGUGAAAGAGCUGCUGUUGUCAGACAUCCUGACCAUCUCAAACCAGAAGGAGAAAUGCAGUACCCAGAGAAAGGAACAUUCUCACCUGCUGAGAGAACCAAAAUGGUAAAGCAACAGGACAACCUCAGACCAGAGGGAAAUAUUGAGUACCCUGAGAAGCAAAGAUAUGGCCCAGGCCAAAGAGCAGAUGUUGUGAGGCAUCCUGAUCAUUUGAAACCUGAGGGCACUGUGGAAUACCCAGAGAAAGCUGGUUACUCUCCAGCUCAAAGGCCAGCAAAGGUGAAGCAGCAGGACAAUCUGAGGCCUGAAGGAAUCACGGAGUACCCAACAAAACAAGGGUAUGCUCCAGGUGAUAGAGCUGAAAUUAUCAGGCACCCAGACCACUUGAGGCCAGAAGGAAAUGUUGAAUAUCCUUCCAAAGAACAUUAUGCAGUUGGGGAAAGGCCUCAAAGAUUCAAGCAACCUGACAAUCUCAAGUCUGAAGGAGUCAUGAACUUCCCAGAAAAAUCAAGCUAUGGUCCUGGUGAAAGAGCAGUAGUUGUGAAACAUCCUGAUCACCUGAAACCUGAGGGUACCAUGGAAUACCCAUCAAAAGCUGGGUAUGCCCCUGGUGAAAGAGCCCCAAGAGUCCAGCACCCUGACCAUUUGAGACCUGAAGGUUCCAUUGAGUAUCCACAACAUACAGGAUACUCUCCUGGAGAAAGGGCACCUAUUGUGAAACAUCAAGACCACCUCAGACCAGAGGGUUCCAUGGACUAUCCAGAAAAAGCCAUUUAUUCUAGUGGACCAAAAGCAGAGAUGGUUAAACCUGUUGACAACCUAAGACCAGAAGGAGAGCAUUCAAUGUUCAAACAAAAGCUGGAAUUUAUUUCACUCAAGAGAGAACCAGUAAAGCACUUGACUGAAUCUCUGGCCUUGGAAGGAGAAAUGGAGUUACAAACAGUCAACCAACUGAACUAUUCCCAGUUUCAAAAGGGGGAACGUUGGGAGGUGAAGAAGCAGGAUGAUCAUUUAAAGAUGGAAGGCAGUAUGGACUUUGCCACAACAUCCAACCAAACCCUACAGAGGUCUCCAAACUGGAAGCCAGAUGAUCUCCACGAGAAAAAGGUCAUCAGAAGGGAUAACUUGACCACUGAGGGAACCAUUGAGUUCCCUGAAAAAUCAGGCUACCAGCCAGGACAAAGACAAAGGCCUGUGAAACUGCAAGACAACUUGAUGCCUGAGGGUGCCAUGGAAUACCCAUCAAAGCCUUUCUACUCACCUGGGCAAAGAGCAGACAUAGUGAAACAUGAGGACUCCCUGAGACCCCAAGGCACUAUGGAAUUUCCACACAAAGAAUACUAUGCUGCUCAGCCUAGACAACUGCCAGUGAGACAUGCUGACAACUUGAGAGUUGAGGGUGGGGUGGAGUACCCAACCAAGCCUAAAUACAGUCCAGGUGAACGCAGUGGCCAAGUGAGACCCCAAGACAAUUUACUGUCCCAUGGGAAGAUGGAGUUCCCUGAAAAACCUGGCUAUGUUCCUGCUGAAAGGAUGCCAAGGCCCCAGCAUGCAGACAACCUGAGACCCCAAGGUGUCAUGGAAUUCCCAGAGAAGCAACAGUAUAUCCCUGCUCAGAGGCCUCAACCCACAUACCAUCCAGACCAUCUGAAGCCUGAGGGAGUCAUUGAGUACCCUGAAGCAUCAACUUUUGCUUUUGGAGAGAGGAUACCAACUGUGAAACACUUGGACCAUUUGCACAUGGAAGGCAUGGUAGAAUAUCCCAAAAAGCCUCCAUUUUAUCCUGGACAAAGGCAGGUCCCUGUGAGACAUGCAGACCAUCUAAGGCCUGAAGGGACAUUCCAAGGAUACUCUUCUCAGAAAGCUGAUUUCCAGCCUCAUGAGGUGUCCAGGACUCUCUACAGACCUAAGAGUUUGGAAAAUAUCACUGAAGGCAGAGGCCAGUUCUACGAUUACAAAAAGAGUAUUCAAGAGUAUCAUGGACUAGGCACUGGAGAGCGUGCAGCUAUCAAAGUUCAUCCCAGCAACAUCUACAUUGGCUCAGAACAAACAGACCUUCUCAGCACAAAUCAGGCAACAUUCAAAGGCUACUCUGCUAAAAAGUCUCAGGAGGUUGUCAAGAGACAUGACAACUUGAUCCUUGAGGGAGAACAGCACCUUGUCAGGAAGAAUCUUUACCCAAUUGUCUAUGGAGAUGUCAGGCCAAAGCCAAUAAGACAAAAGUCCAACUUGGUGAUGGAAGGAGCAAUGGACUUUGCCAGAGAUCAGGGAUAUCAACCAAUCCAAUCCACUCCUGUGAGAAGGGUGCAUCAUGGUGACAACCUGAGGAUCAUUGGGGAAAUGAACCUGGAAACCACCAGCAAAGCAGAGUACAUCACAAGGCAAGCACAAAGAAGUCCUGUGAAACAUCACUUGACCAACUUGGACUUGGCCAGGGAACCCAUGGAUUUCCACACAACAAAUCAAGAUACCCUGCAAUACAACCCAACCAGAAGGUCCCAGCCAUUCAAACCACAAGGGAACCUGUACCAAGAAGGAUCUUUUGACUUCCCCCAAAAGCAGCAGUAUCAGCCAGGAGAAAGAGCCACAGUGAAAAAGAUGCCUGACAACUUGCAAGCAGAGGGUGCUCACUACUAUCCACAAAAGGAAACCUAUACCCCAGGAAGCAAGUCUAUGCCUGUGAAACACCCAGACAAUCUUCAAACUGGUGGGAAAAUCUUGUAUCCUAGCAAAGAAUCUUAUUCACCUGGGGAGAGAAUGCCAAAGGCAGAACACCAUGACAAUCUCAGACCAGAAGGACAAAUGGAGUUUCCCCAAAAAGACACCUAUCAACCUGUUCAAAGGGCUAAACCCACUAAAAUGCAAGAUCAGCUCAAACCAGAAGGUUCCUUUGAGUUUCCAGAGAAAGGACAAUACAUUCCUGGAGAAAAGGCUAAACCUGUGGCAUAUGGAGACAACCUUGUUCCUGAAGGUAAAAUGGAGUUCCCAGAGAAGGAAGGAUACACACCUGUGAAAAGAUCUCAACCAUCCAAAUUGGUUGACAAUCUGAGGCCUGAAGGAGCCAUGGACUUCCCAGCAAAGGAAGGUUUCCAAGUGGGGGAGAGACUGCCAGCAAAGAAAGCAACAGACAAUCUCCAUGCAGAGGGUGUUCACUACUACCCAGAAAAGGAAGCAUACACUCCUGGACAGAGGUCUCAGCCUGUGAAACAUCCAGACAACUUACAGACCAGUGGGAAGAUCUUGUAUCCAAGCAAAGAAUCUUAUGCUCCAGGUGAGAGAGCUCCAAGAACUGAACACCCUGAUAAUUUGAGACCUGAAGGACAAAUGGAAUUCCCAGGCAAAGAAGGUUACCAACCAGGGGAAAGACCAAGACAAUCCAAGGUACAAGAUAACUUGAGACCAGAGGGCUCCAUGGAAUUUCCAGAGAAGUCUCAAUACACCCCUGGACAAAAAGCCAAGCCUGUUACACAUGGAGACAACCUUUCUCCAGAAGGAAAAAUGGAGUUUCCAUCCAAAGAAGGGUAUCAGCCUGUUCCAAGAUCUGUGCCAUCCAAGCUUAGUGACAAUCUCAAACCUGAAGGAACCAUGGAGUUUCCUGAGAAAAUGGGUUUCCCACAAGGAGAGAGAGUUGCAGUCAAAAGAACCACUGAUAAUUUGCACCUUGAGGGGACAAUGGAUCUUCAGAGAAGAGAUGACUACUCUACCACCCAAAAGGCAUCUACUGUCACCAAGGUCACAAGACAGGACAACUUGAAACUUGAAGGCAGCCAUGAGUUCACCAGGAGGCAGGCAGAGGAAUACAAGGCAACCUCUGCAGAACACCAGCAAAUUUCCAAGCAACAAGACAACAUGGCCCUUGAAGGCACCAUGGAUUUCCACACCACCAAUGAAGAGUACUCAUACUCACCAACAGAGCGCCCAAAGCCACAAAGACAGCUGACUUAUCUAAAGGUCCCAGAGAAGACUGUCAAGUUUGAAGGAUCAACCAGUUUCAAAGAGUCAUUUGUGGCCAUGGCCAAGGGUGAGAAAGCUGAAAUCAAGAGACAUGAGGAUCACCUCACUCUUGAUGGAGAUCUGGAGCUGACAACAUCAAAGCAAGUGGAUUUCCAACCAGUCUCUCCAUCACCACCCCAGAAGGCAACAAAACUUGGCAGUAACCUAACACAAGAAGGUGAACUCCACCUUUACAGGAAGUCCACUGAGGAGUUUUCCACCACCAAGGGAGAAAGGAUGCAAGUCCAGCACCAUGCUGACAACCUCCAUGUUUCCACUGGAGAAAUAAACUUUGAGAAGAGUUCUGAUGCAUAUACAAAAAUGACAAGUGCAGGAAGACCAAAAGUAAUCAAACCAAAAGAUGAGCUCACAUUGGAGGGACAGCAGACAACCAUGGAAUCAACCAACCAACAGGAGUUCAGGGGGUACAUGAUGGGUCAGAGGGCCUCAGUGAAGAAGCAGGAAGACAACCUCAAGAUAGAGGGCAGCCACCAUCUGGAAACAACCAAUGCAACAUCCUUUUCUGGCACCCCAAGCAACAGGUCUCACCAGGUGCAUAUCAAAGACAACCUCAGUCUGGAAGGAGAGCAGAGUUUCCAGACCACAAACACCAUGGAACUGGUAAAGGGUGAAAGAGUGAUUGUUCAAAAGCAUGAAGACAACUUGAAAAUGGAAGGCUCAAUGGAUUUCCAGCAACAGAAGCAAAGAAUACAGCCUGGUUUGAGAGCAGAGAUCAAGAAGCAUCCUGACAACCUCAAACUUGAGGGUUCAAUGGAAUUCAAAACAAGUCCUGAGCAAAGGGAGCCAGGAGGCAGAGCCCCUGUCAAGAGACACCCUGACAAUUUGAGACCAGAGGGCUCAAUGGACUUUGGACCAAAGUCUAAAUGGGCUCCUGGAGGCAGGUCUCCCAUGAAGAAGCACCCAGAUAAUCUGAAAGUUGAGGGUACCAUGGACUUUGGGACCAAGCAGGAACUCACUCCAGGUGGCAGAGCCCCAGUUACAAGGCAUCCAGACAACCUAAAGUCAGAGGGUUCCAUGGACUUUGGGACCAAGCAGGAGAUUACACCAGGUGGCAGAGCCCCAGUUACAAGGCAUCCAGACAACCUAAAGUCAGAAGGUUCCAUGGACUUUGGGACCAAGCAGGAGGUUACACCAGGUGGCAGAGCCCCAGUCAAGAGACAUCCAGACAAUCUCAAGUCAGAGGGCUCCAUGGACUUUGGCUCACCCCAGGAAUACUCACCUUCUGGAAAAGCCUCCAUGGUCAAACACCAAGACAACCUCAAAUCUGAGGGUCAAAUGGAAUUCAAAUCAAAGGACUCUUAUUCUCCUGGGGAAAGGACUGUCUCCAAGAAACAACCAGAUAAUCUCAAGAUGGAAGGCAGCAUGGAUUUCAGGAGGGAGACACCAACUGCUGGUAAACCCAGUGUUCAGAAGACCAAAUUAGAACAGCAAACCACCCAACAAAUGUCAUCUUCCAAGGAUGUGACUGUUCAAAGCAAGGCUCUCAAGUCUGAGAGCACCAUGGACUUCAGGAAGACCCAGACUGACAUUGUCUCCACUCCAACUCCUCAGAUAGUCAGAGAAGAAUCAAAACAACAAAUGAGCAAGUCCAGAGCUGACCUUUCAUCAGCCAACUAUUAUCAAUACCAAGAAGCUUCUUCAACCUCAAAUGCUUAUCAACAACAAGCAACAGCUGGUGAAAGAAAGACUGAGCGCAAAAAAUGGAACAUUCCUCAGGCUGUGGUCAAACAGAGUGGGAGGUAUGAGUUUGAAACCUCAAGCAGGGAAGACUUGAGCAGCAACCAUUCUGGAACUUUUGAGGCCAAGCAGAGAAUUAUCAAGUCUGGCAUGGACAGGAGUCUUUCAUCAGGCAGACAAGGUCAGGAGUCUGGUGUGUGGACCACCAUGAGGACUGGUGCAGACUCUGGGUUCUCCAGUGGAGUUUCAAGAGAAGUCACCACCAGCACCUCCACCACCCAGCAAGAUGUGUAUGGGGUGUCUUCAAGGUCCCAUGGGAGGUCCUCAAGUGCAGAUGCAUUCCAGAAAUGGUCCUCCAAUGCAAGGACAGUGGCUCAGCAGCAGCAACAGCAGCAGCAGCAAUCCAGCUCCACCAUCACAUCCUCCAGCUACAAGGUUGAAGGGGACCAGGCAAGGAAGGACUAUGGCAACUUCAAGAUGACUGAAAGGGUGAAACCAAUCCGUCCCAAGAGCACAAACUUGUUUGAACCCCUGCCAGCAGCAGCAGUGGCCAAGGGCACCACAGCCACUGCCUACAAGGAGGAGUUCAACCUGCGCCAGUGUCCAGCUGGGCUCUUGAACACCCAAAAGACCCCCUACAAGUAUGCUCAUGAUGAUGUCAAGGGACACAAGUACUACUUGCCAGUGCCCUCAAGCUGAGCUUGCCCUUGUGUUCAUCAAUGUGCCUUGAUGUUUUGUUCUCUCUCCCUCUCUCUCCGUCCAUUUUUUUGGCAAUGAUGAACUGACAAUAUGGACAUGCUUUCUAUAGCUCUUACUAAUGAAAACUUUUUGCUCAAGUGAUAGCUCUUCUGGUUGCUUUUGAUUCUAUCCCUGCAUCCAAUAUUCUGGGACAUUGACUGUGCAGGAAAUUGGUAAUUUGUAGGCUUGCUUCCAUGCAUUCUGGAUAAAAAGGUUCAGUUAUAGCUGCUGUGGACAAGGAAGCUGAUGAACAACUUUUAAUGUAUUUUUACAAGUGCUGGAAUAGAAUCAAAAAGAACUGCUCUACUUAACCAAGUAUUUCCCUGUUGUAAGUGGCAUUCUUACAAUAAGUGGAUGGAUACACCUUAUGGGAUUCCCACCAGGUCCUAGUGAUAACCAGUGUAUCACCAUCAAGUUGGAACCCUGGUGGAGUACCCCUGUACUAUUUUGGUGCCAUUGAGUGAAUGAACUGAAUUCUUUUUUUUUAAGUAGUAGAUUUAUUGGCAAGGUGGUGAGGCUAACACUAAAAGGGGGCUUUUUGGAAUCUUACAAGUGCUUUGAGAAAUAAAUUUGAAUGACCUUUUUUGCUUCA